AUGGGCUUGAUAAACGACUAUGGCUCAAUGCAGACCCCUGCUCCUUCACUCGAAGACCUUGACCGGCGACAAUAUGAAGAUAUGACAGUCACUAGGGCACCGGACGGCAUCUGCGGAUUCAUCUCUGAGCGUCCUGGUGCCAGCCUUGGCUGUCCAAACGAUGACUAUUGCUACUUCUUCCCGGCAGCUGCUCAACAGACACCAUCGCACAAACGAGUCAUUUGCUGCGGCGAAACAUCAUGCCAAUGGUAUUCGACAUGCUACAACUCGAGAGAGUACUUUACUUCGAAAAAGUGCACAGAUGGAUGCGAGGUUGACAACUACAUCUUGAAAUGCACAGCGGAGGACGGCCCAUACUGCAAUACCAUUUCUUGGGAAGGAAACACGAUCGAUUACUCGUGCAACGACGUCGAUAUCACGACUAUGAUGAGCGCCGCUCUCACGUACAAGGGUGAAGAGGGCAGGGACUUCUUCACCAUGAGUGGCGAUCAAGUCAGCAUUCUCUUCAAUUCCCAGGACGAGGCCGAGUCAACGGCUGAAGGCAGCGGUGGCACAGCUACCAAGGGUUCUUCCCCGGCCGCCACAGAGUCCAACGAUUCUGGCGGUUCGGGGACCAACACCGGUGCUAUUGUCGGCGGUGUGGUCGGAGGUGUUGGCGCUGUUGCUCUUUUCGCCGUGGCGAUUCUUCUCUUCCUCCGAAUGAGGAGAAAGAAGAAGGGUCAGGAUGUGAGCCCUCCCGAGUACGAAGCGACACCUCGCGACGACAACAGCAACAAAGAAGCUCUGCAGCCUGGUCAGCAGGCUGGCACACCGUACUCUGACACUCCGCCAAAUGCUGCUCUUGCUGUCCAUGAGGUUGAGGUCAAGGAUAAUCCACAGGAGCUUGCCGAUAAUGCACCCAAGAAGGAGCCUGUUGAGCUUGCUUAG